AUGUCACCUGGAAGGACACCUUCCCAACACAAUUCUACAUUAGCAAUCUCGCCGUUUAUAACGAAUAGAUACUCCAAGUCUGUUGCACCACAACUACCACCCCAACAACAACAACAGGUGCCGCAACAAAUACAUACCAGAACCCAAACUAAUGAUAAAUACGGGGAUCCCCAACCUAACAGCAGUAUUAAUCACAGUAGGAUAGACAACUUUCAAGCUAUUGUGAGCAGCCCCUUAGGUUUGAAAACAAGAGAUCCACCUGCACCUCCUUCGCUAGCCACGCCUUACCAUCAGAUUAAAAACAAUAACGACUCUACCAGAUUGAAGAAUGGGAGUAUGUUUGGUUAUGCAGUGCCCUCGACAGUGAGGAAGGUUAGUAUCCAAGAGAAUGACUAUAGAAACACGACCACGAGAAGUAAUAACAAUAAUAAUAACAUUGACGAUGUUAUGGAUCAUAGCGAACAACCAACGGAAGGAGGAGAUCGACUGACUACUACUUUGACUACUACCACAACGGCUGCCACAACGGCUGAAAUAGAUGUUUCUGAUUUGUCAUCAGUGGAAAGAUUGCGUUUGUGGAGGCACGAUGCUCUUAUGCAGCACAUGUAUGAUACUGCAGAAUUUGUUGGAAACAAGAUAUACACAAUAACUAAGGAUCCUAACGAUGCCUUUUGGUUAGCUCAAGUUUAUUACUAUAAGGGAGCUUACAAAAGAGUCAUAGAUUUAUUAUCAUUAGAUGAUCUAGAUUCAACAAGUAUAAUGUGUCGAUAUUUGAUCACGUUAUGUCUUUUCAACUUACAAAAAUAUGACGAUGCUUUAGAUAUAAUUGGCGAAACCAAUCCAUUUGCUAGUACUAAUAAUGUAGACUUGGUUGAUGAUGAAGAUGAGAACCAUGAAUUUCAAAGUGAUGGUGGCAUUAAGAUUGAAUCCUCGUUAUGUUUUUUGAGAGGUAAAAUAUACAGUGCUCAAAAUAAUUUUACAAGAGCUAAAGAAUGUUAUAAAGAGGCAGUACUUAUCGACGUUAAGAAUUUUGAAGCAUUUCAACAAUUGACCAACAAAAACCUGUUAACUCCCAAAGAAGAAUGGGAGUUGUUGGAUUGUCUCGAUUUUUCCAGUCUGGAUGAUAAUAAACAAAUGAUCAAGCAACUUUACACUAUCGCUUGUUCCAAUUAUAUGAAUAAAGAUCGCAUAGAGGUAUCGAAACGUAUCCUUUGUGAGGAAUAUACGUUGGAAUCUAAUUUGGAUGUGAUUAGAUGUGAGGUCGAACUUUGUUUCAGCAGUUGUAAAUAUAAUGAAUGUCUCGAUUACUGUGAAAAAUAUUUAGCUAAAGAUGAGUUAAAUCCAAAAAUCUUACCAACAUACAUUGCUUGUUUACAAGAACUUGGGGCCACUAACAAAUUGUUUUUGGUGUCACAUAAAUUAGCUGAACGAAUCCCCAAGGAUGCCAUUACUUGGUACUCUGUCGCUACAUACUAUAUGUCAUUGAAGAAGAUUGGUGAGGCCAGAAAAUUUUAUUCAAAGAGUUUAAUUUUGGAUCCAUCAUUUGCGGCAGCAUGGUUGGGGUUCGUGCAUACAUUUGCUGCUGAAGGUGAACAAGAUCAAGCUCUUGCAGCAUAUUCUACAGCCGCAAGGUUCUUUCCUGGAAAUCAUUUGCCGAAUAUGUUCCUGGGGAUGCAAUAUAUGUCUCUAAAUAACUUUGCUCUUGCAGAAGAGUAUUUUACGUUGGCUUAUGACAUAUGUUCUCUAGAUCCAUUGUUAUUGAAUGAAAUGGGUGUAUUGUAUUUUAAAAAGGAUGAAUAUGAAAAAUCAAAAAAGUUUUUGAAUAGAGCCAUGGAGCAAGUCUCAGGAUUGAAUCCAACAGCUAGAACUACAAUAUCGAUCCAGCUGAAUUUGGCUCAUACUUAUAGAAAACUGGGUGAUUAUGAAAGAGCUAUUAAAUGUUUUAAGUAUGUUCUCGAGGAUUCUGAAAAGGAUGGUGAUAUUUACCUGACAUUAGGAUUUUUAUAUUUGAAGAUAAAACAGUUAGAGAAGGCUAUAUCUUAUUUGCAUAAAGCGUUAUCAUUGAAACCGAAAAAUACAGCUGCUCAAGAAUUGUUAUUACAUGCUUUGGAACUAAAUGUGGUCUUGGCAAUAGAUGACGAUCAUCCAUUAGUGGUAAGUUCCAAGAUACAAAAUGAGAUUGAUAAAACAGAUAUGUCUUCACAUGGUGUUCCAACAAUGGAACAAGCUGCGAAUAUUAAAAAGAGGCCCUCGAUUCCUUUUCUGGACUCAGGUAGAACGAUAUCUAAACGAAGUCGUAGAAAUGAUAUUUUAAAGAAUACUUCACGAGCUAACUCCAGCCAUAUAGAAGAAGAUGAGACCAUGGAUUUAGAAUGA